AUGAUGCUGGACAUACUGCACCGGCACGUCGUCAGGGACAUGGACGGGUUCCCCAGAAUCUCCAACUACGGCGAUUGUGGUGAUGGCCCGGCGAGUUGCGAGGGCUGUGGUACGAAGAUCGUGGACAGGUUCUUAAUGCUAGUGGGUACAAGCAGCUGGCAUGAGCAGUGCGUCACAUGUUCCGCGUGCGGCGUCCCACUGGCCAAGUCGUGCUACUACCGGCACAAUGGAUUGUACUGCAAAAACGAUUAUGACAGACUAUUCGGCGUCAAAUGCGGUCGGUGUGGCGAGCCUUUGGGAGCCAGAGAGCUUGUAAUGCGCGCUGGGCCCAGUCACGUUUAUCACGUGGGAUGUUUCGCUUGCGUGGCUUGCAUGCAACCGUUACAGAAAGGCCAGCAGUACGUGGUCAAAGCCGGUGGCGGACAACUAUUCUGCCGCACAGACUUCGAAAAGGAAAUAUUUCUAAUGCAACAGACCGUUGGAAGUCCACAACCAGACGAUAGUCUAACUUUAGACGAGAACUGUAGACCUCGAGACGGCCGCCGUGGACCGAAAAGACCCAGAACCAUAUUAACCUCAGUACAACGACGGCAGUUCAAAGCUUCAUUCGAAGUCAGUCCAAAACCUUGUAGAAAGGUACGAGAAGCGUUGGCUAAAGACACGGGAUUAAGUGUACGAGUAGUGCAAGUAUGGUUUCAAAAUCAGAGAGCAAAAAUGAAGAAAAUCCAAAGAAAGAGUAAACAGGACGAUAAAAAUACGAACAAUAAUAAUGCGAACAAUACGGAUAAAAAUGAAACUGAGCACGCAACGAAUACCACAUCUAGCGUAUGUUCUGGAGAUCAUUAUUUGAGCUUGAGUACGUUGAGCAUGCACGACAGCAGUGACUCGAACUAUCAGAACAGCCAGCCGCUGAACCCCAACAUACCGUACUCGCCCGAAGGUACGUACACCGGCGACCAUUCGGUGGACAGUUUCUGCAGUUCGGACGUGUCCCUGGACGGCAGCACCACGGCGGCGGACGAGAUCGGCUCCGAUACCAUGUCACUAGACCUGUCCGUCCACCAUGGGACCCAUAACCAAAACGUACACCACCAAAAUCAUCACCAUCAUCACCAUCACCAUCACGUCGGUGGGGCCGCGUCCGUGGUGCCGGGCCAGCAGAUCAACCCGAUCGACAAACUGUAUCUGAUGCAAAACUCCUACUUCAACAGCAACGACCAUUAA